GCCCAAAAUGAGAAAAUUCACAGCUUUAUCUCCGCGGGUCCGACGAGCAGGUCGCGCGUUAUAAAUAGAGCGUCCGGCCGGCCAACACAAAAUGAGCGCCGACAUCCGACAGAGCCGCGUCCGGCCCCCGAUCUAUGACCUGUCUGAGAAGGAUGCUGCAACAAGCUCUUCGCGCAUCCGGCCGCAGCGCCGUGCCGCUGGUCAAGUGGAUGGAGAGGUGGGCCGAGGGCACGUCCGCCGGCCUGCAGGGCACCGGGCUGCAGGACGCGCGCACGCUGGACGACAUGCCCGGGCCGAGCGUCGCCAGCUUCGCCUGGGACCUGUUCGCCAAGAGGGGUCUGUCGAGGCUGCACGAGUUACAGCUGGAAGGAACGCGCCGCUAUGGUCCCAUGUGGAAGGCAAGUUUCGGCCCCAUCCUGACGGUUCAUGUGGCCGAUCCGGCGCUCAUCGAGCAGGUACUGAGGCAGGAGGGCCAGCACCCCAUGCGCUCUGACCUUUCCUCCUGGAAGGACUACAGGAAGCUCAGAGGUCAUCACUACGGACUCUUGACAUCAGAGGGGGAGGAGUGGCAGGCGGUGAGAAGUCUCCUGGGGAAGCACAUGCUGCGCCCAAAGGCAGUGGAAGCUUAUGAUAAGACCCUGAACAGCGUGGUCAGUGACCUCAUUGCCAAACUUCGCCACAGCAGACGCCCUCAAGGCCUCGUCACUGAUAUCGCCAGCGAGUUCUAUCGCUUCGGCCUCGAGGGUAUUUCCUCAGUGUUGUUUGAAUCCAGAAUCGGUUGCCUGGAUCAAGCUGUUCCUGAAGAGACAGAGCGUUUCAUCCAGUCAAUCAACACCAUGUUUGUGAUGACGCUUCUUACUAUGGCCAUGCCAAGCUGGUUGCACCAGCUGUUCCCUAAACCCUGGAACGUCUUUUGUGGGUGCUGGGACUACAUGUUUGAUUUUGCUAAAGGUCACAUCGACAAGCGCCUGACAACCGAAGCGGAGAAGGUUGCACGUGGAGAGAAGGUGGAGGGCCGAUAUCUCACCUACUUCCUGUCCAAGACGGGCCUGCCCAUAAAGACUGUCUACAGCAACGUCACGGAGCUGCUUCUUGCAGGAGUUGACACAAUUUCCAGCACCAUGUCCUGGUCCCUAUAUGAGCUGUCCCGUCACCCAGAGUUGCAGGCCUCUCUCCGGGAUGAGGUGUUGACCGUGCUGAAGGGUCGACGGGUAGCGGAGGCGGCAGAUGUGGCCCAGAUGCCUCUCCUGAAAGCCACAGUCAAAGAAGUGCUCAGGUUGUACCCUGUUAUUCCUGCAAAUGCAAGGGUCAUUACGGAGAGAGACAUCCAGGUUGGAGGCUACCUCAUCCCUAAAAAUACUCUGAUUACCCUUUGCCACUUUGCAACAUCACGGGAUCCGGCAGUGUUUCUCAAUCCAGAUGAAUUCCAACCUCAUCGAUGGUUGAACAAGGAACAGACACAUCACCCAUACGCCUCUGUACCAUUUGGGGUGGGAAAACGCAGCUGCAUAGGUCGUCGUAUUGCUGAGCUUGAGCUCUAUCUUGCCCUUGCUAGGAUCCUGGUAGAGUUCGAUGUGAAGCCGGACCCAGAAGGGGUUUCCGUGAAGCCCAUGACACGGACGCUUCUAGUUCCUGAAAAUGUCAUUAGCCUCCAGUUUAUCGAACGAUGACCUGCUCUCCCGAGCUGAACAGUUACGUGAAUGUGAGACUCUCUGCAGCAGAGCGCACUGGCAGUCGGGAGUUAUUACAGGAACCAUGAGCCUGCUGCUCACAGUGGAUCAUAUCAGAGCAGACCUUCAACCUUCAACACAACGAAAACCAAAGCCCUUUAAACCUGUUCCCUCGUUUGAACAGGCGGACAUGUGUAAACGGAAGAGUCAAAAAAAGGGUGAGGAGUGACGACUCAUCCCGAAAGCUUUCCACUGGGAGCAGUGUAACUCCAAAUUUAAUACUGUGGAGUUUGUUUUAGUUUUUUUUUUACAAAAUCACCAUUUAGCACUUUAAUAUUUUUGUGCAUAGGCCACAAGCAAGUCAGGGAGCUUCAAUACAUUUCACACAGACUUUCAAUAUCCUUAAAGUGAGUCAGACCAUGGUACAUUUCAUGGAAUUAUUUUUUUUCUCUCCCCCAAAUAUGUUGUGAAUCAGAUUAAGAACUUGAUCAUAUGCAUUCUUAAUUAUGUGCAGUACAGCAGUUUCACCGAUUUCCCUUGUGUCCUGAUCAUGCAAAUAUUCUAAUUUCAAGAGUAUUUCUGUAUAUCUUAUUUCUGCAUUACAUUUUAUUUUUACAUCUGAGAUACACAGUGCGUUGUAAAUUAUUAAAUAGCAUUAGCAUAAGGCUUAGACUGACACAUGGAGACACUGUUUUUAAUACCUCCAGAUCUUAUAUAGCUACUGUAAUAGAGUUGUGUACAUAUGAUGUUCAGAAUAUUGAUCAAAGUGUAUUUCAUUAAGGUGCUUGUUGUGAAAAACUGUUUGUGACUUGUUCCUUUUAUCUUUUGAAAAAUGGCAGCUGUUGAAUUGGUUCCUGUGUAGGAAUACUGUACAUAGUGCCACUGAAAUCUGGAAAGUAGGCUACUCUGCACUCAGGCUUUGUACAUGUCUUUAUCAUCUCUAAAAUGUAAAUAUAUGCCACCAUUCAUCAGUGCAGCACAAUGCAAAUGUAUCUCUCUUUAAUUUUUCUUAUUUUUUACAUCUAAACUUAUGAGUGAUAUAUCAGUAUUUUGUAAACUUGGUAAGAUUCUGUAUUUAUUCUUAAUUUAACACAUUUUGAAACUGUUACUGUAACGUCAAUAAAAAGU